AUGCGGAAGUUCAUACCACUUAAACAAGAGGACAACGAGCCCGUCGACGUCAAGCGUGUCAAGAAAGAACAGCCUCUUGACGCGGAGGUUCUGCAGCUGGUUCAGCCCCUACGUGUUCAACUGAACCCUGGCAGCUCUCUUGGGCGUAUCUCCGAGGCUUGCACCACUGGACAGAAGAGACUCAAGAGUAUUCGGUUACAGGAGAAUCCUGCCGCUACGCAAGACCAGAUCGCCGCGGCCUUUAACGUCAGCCGUAGCAGUGUCAGUAAGAUCCUCAAACAUCAAUCAAUAUGGCUCCAUCCAAACAAGGUCGUAAGUCCCAGGUUUUACAAGCAAACGUACUCCCAGCGCACCAAAAGCUUUGAAUGCGCCCUUACAGAUAUUCUCAGAGACAUUGCCUCCACUGGCGUCGUGAUCACAGAUUCUCGGCUACGCAUCGAAGUGCAGUCCCUGCUCGCGGAGGAGAACAAAGAGCUUCACCCCGACUGUGUUCCGAGCUUCAAGGCAAGCCCGAGCUGGAUCACGCAAUUCAAAAGACGCAGUGGACUCCGCCGCGGAACAUUCGGUGACGGGGGCGAAACCAUUCUGAGGCAUCUAUCCUUGAGCUUACAUGGCAUCCUCGACUCAGAGGAUGUAUCCCGCUUCCACUAUCCAUCUGAUCGAUUGCUGGCGUCACUUCCGGAUCAGGUGGACGAUCUUCCUGAAUUCUAUGGCGACAAUCAAUGGGCGCAGUGGCCGUUACGAGUCCAGGAUCUCCCGAUCGUGGACCGCGACGCCUAUUCCGCUGCGAUUUCCCGCUCUCCAUCGCCACAGCAGUCUGACGCAUCGUGCAGCAGUGACAAGUCUCCAUCGCGGGAUAGCGUUGGAGAAGAUCGCCAAGCCAUCGAUGUCGACGUCCAUGACCCUCUCUUCUUUGGUGUCUCACUGACUUCUACACCAACAUCCGCGCUCAGAGAUGAACAUCCACCUUCCAUUCAUGUCGACCCUUCCACCAGAGCUCUUCCUGUAGCUCGCUCUCCAGGCGCGGUGGCGGGGCCAGUACAUCAACUUCCAGGGUCUGAUCAGUCACGGCCACCAUCGAUGCCCUCACCUGGCGAUGUACCUGGCGCACCUCGUUCAGCGACGUUGGUGCAGGGCAUGUACGUGUCGGCGAGUUCACCUGCUAAAGGCUGUGUAGGCGAAUAUACCGCUUCCAGCCCCUUAGCCUCUGGCCUGGAUGCCACCGUCAUGCGCUCUGAGCAUCGUGACAGUCGCAGUAGCCAUCCCUCGGAUGACAAUGUCGAUAAGCAUGAAAGACAGUCGCCCUCACGCCGUCAUUAUGAGCGGGAGGACCUCAUGUUUGGACACGUCGAGUCAGUCAGUCAGGCGGCAAACUUCGUUACCAAACUCAUGACAUUUUUUCGCGCCAACCAUCAUCUCAUUUCGCUCAAUCAAUAUGAACACCUGCGUGCUCUUCGUCACCAUUUACCGCCGGGCCACUAG